UAUACCACUUGUGCACGAAACCGUAAACUGAGUCAGAGUCCUUAAGAAAUUAUUCGACGAACAGUUCUUAAGAGGCUCGCUUUUAUUUUGUGUUCCACACUUGAUUUUGUGUAGUUAUUCUCGUUCGAUCGCAGAGAAGCAUUAUCUUUAAUAAGUGCAUAUAAAAAAUGAGAUUAUUCUGUUAACUUUACUGUGCCAGAGAACGUUUAACGCCCUUCGUGUUCGCUCGACACAUUCUAACCUUAAAAUAAGUAUCAAAACAAAAGAGUAAUCCUCUCGGAAGUGUUUCCUUCAAAUCGUCGGAGCAAACAGAAUGGCGGCAGUGAUUCGUGUUAAGCGUCGUGUAGAUGAGGACCCUCUGAACGCGUUUGUGCUGAACUGUAAGAAACGUAGAGUUGAUCUUGACGAUGGCUCGCCAGCAAGCACAUCGAAUAAUGCGGAAGAAAGUUCGACGGUGCUUAAGUUUGCAGGAACAUUUGAGAAGGCUGAUAACAUUCCCACACAUUUGCAACAGCGGGUGACAAAGGAAGAUGCUAAGGAGGCAAUAUCCCGCGUUCAUCGACCCUCGAUUCUGUCUCGCAACAGGCAAGCGUCACGACAAACGACACAGAACAGUCGGUUCCGGAUCGUGAACUGCACCCGAUCACUCGACCAGGACAACGGUCUCGGUGGAACGACCAUCGUGGAUGUGGAGUGUGCAACUGCUGACGCAUCAUCCGCACCUGCUGACCAGUCUGCUGCUUCGACCAGCAAGCUGGAAACAACGGAGAAACCCGCGACGCCGAGCAAUCGGGAAGAGGAGGGAUACGUAUACGAUCUGUACGUAGCGGAUGAGCUCCAACAGUCAACCCACAUCCCAUACAUACCGGACAAUCUGGAGGAUAUCAGCGUUGCCAUCCAUGACGAUCCACUGUUUUACGCUCUCCGGAACGAUGCUGACGCAGAUGGCUCCUCAGCCGGUGAGGAGUCGGAGGAUUCUAACGAUGAAAAUAACUGGCGAAAUGAUUAUCCAGACGAGGACGAGUAUGAUGACUGUGACGGGAGCUUCGAUGAGCAGGAGGGCCCCGUGAAUCGAGCGAUGUGCUGUUUCAAAUUGGAUAGCGAAAAUGAAUUAUCUUCAUCUGAUGACGAUUAUUUCGAUGACAGAGAUGAGGGCAUCUAUGGCGAUGAUGUCGAUGACGAUGAUGAUAGGAUACGGGUGAACAGAGCCGAUGUUGAAAACUUCGGAACUGCCUAUGCUAAAUAUAAGGUUCGGCUUCUGAAAGGUGGAUAUGAUGAUUAAAUUCGCUAUGUAUAGAUAUUCCGUUGGAAAAUAACAUGAUAUGAAUGUACGUUAUAACAUAACUAUGUAAACAUAUACAA